AUGUCAAACAUGGUCAACGCUCCUCAGGCCGUCACGACAGCUGUCUCCAAAGAUGAGCUGUUCAUUCCUUUGAUCGAUUUCUCCCUCUUUCUUAAUGGCACAGAUGAAGACAAAAAUGCUGCAGCCAACGGCAUGGUCGACGGCUUCAAAAAUGCCGGCUUUAUCUACAUCAAGAACCACGGCGUCCCGCAGCCCUUGAUCGACCGUGUCUUCGCCGAAUCAGCCCUUUUCUUCGCUCGACCUAAAGACCAGAAAAACACACUCGCCUGGACCACCCCCGAGUCAAACCGUGGGUAUGUUUCUCACGGUCGUGAGAAAGUAACACAGCUCGCCGACCCCACGCUCAUCCAAGCGCUCCGCAACGCAAACCCCGAUCUCAAAGAGUCUUUUGAGAUUGGCCGUGACCAUGUACCCGGGCUACCAAACCACUGGCCGGAACACCUCGACGAGGAGGGGAAGGUCUUUACUAAGACGAUGAAGACCUUCUUCGAGACGUGCAAAGGGUUACAUAUCGAGGUUAUGCGUGCCAUAGGCUUAGGUAUGGGCCUGGAGAUGGGCUUCUUCGACAAGUUCACCUCUGGUGGUGAUAAUACGCUGCGCCUACUCCAUUAUCCGGCCGUUAAGAAGGAUGUAUUUGUCAAGAAUAGGGACCAGGUCAGAGCAGGCAAACAUACGGAUUAUGGCAGUAUCACGCUGCUGUUUCAGGAUGAUAGAGGCGGCUUGCAGGUUAAGAGUCCGCAGGGGACUUUUGUGAAUGCAACACCGAUCCCGGGCACUAUUGUGAUUAACGCUGGUGAUCUGCUGGCGAGGUGGUCGAAUUGUAAGAUCAAGUCUACCGAGCAUCAAGUCGUAGAGCCGCCGAUUGCGCCAGAUCGUGAUGAGUAUCCUGCCCGGUACUCUUGCGCAUAUUUCUGUAAUCCGAACUUCGAACAGUACAUUGAGGCACUCCCAGGGACAUACCAGAGUGAAGAGGAUAAGAAGUUUCCGGGAAUCCUGAGCGGUGAUUACUUGGUGCAGAGGUUACAGAGUACUUACACCACUUGA